AUCAAUUUCAUUUUUAUCCCGCACUCUCUUCCUCUAAGCCAAGGCGGAAACUACAGAAGGAAGAAGUGACCUUGCUGUUGAUCUUUAACAAUGUCGAGAAGAAAGACGAGAGAGCCCAAGGAGGAGACAGUGACACUUGGACCAGCUGUUCGCGAUGGAGAGCAAGUCUUCGGUGUUGUCCACAUCUUCGCUUCCUUCAACGACACUUUCAUUCACGUUACUGAUUUGUCUGGACGUGAAACCCUUGUCCGUAUCACUGGUGGAAUGAAGGUGAAAGCUGAUAGGGAUGAGUCCUCACCUUACGCUGCUAUGCUUGCUGCGCAAGAUGUUGCUCAGCGAUGCAAGGAGCUUGGAAUCACCGCAAUGCACGUGAAGCUCCGUGCCACUGGUGGAAACAAGACCAAGACACCUGGUCCCGGUGCUCAGUCCGCUCUCAGAGCUCUUGCCCGUUCCGGCAUGAAAAUUGGCCGCAUUGAGGAUGUGACUCCGAUCCCAACGGACAGUACCCGCCGAAAGGGUGGUCGAAGAGGAAGGAGGCUCUGAGUUUUCUAUGGCUAUUUAAGCUCUUAUGCGUUUCAUUUUGUCAGAGCAAUGUUUUUUAAGUUUUGUGAACGAGUUUCGGAUUGAAUGCUUUUUGUUAAAUUGAACAACAUAUAUCUACUGUCAUUAGUCUAUGUCCUUUGUGAAUGAC